CCUGUUUGUCGCACUUCCGGGUCUACUUUGGUUUGUUUUUGUACAUUGAUCAUGGCUGCGGAGGGUGAUUUUCUGGCAAGAUACCGUGCUGUGUCAAAUAAACUAAAAAAACGUUUUCUGCGGAAGCCCAAUGUAGCCGAGGCAAGUGAGCAGUUUGGCCAGUUAGCCAAGGAGCUGAAACAGCAGGACUGCUUGCAGUAUGCUGCCUUCUGUAACCUGGCCAUGGCUCGUUGUGAGCAGACUCUGUUUAAUGCUCCUGGAGAGGCCCUGGCAUUGACUGACGCUGCCCGACUCUUCCUCACCUCAGAGAAGGAGAACAGGGCUCUGCAGGCCCCGGGCUUUGAUGAGCACCUUCAGGCUGCACUCAACUGCUACAGCUUUGCUAUCAAGGUGUACAUUGAGAUGAACCAGCCAGUGAUGGCCGCCAGUCUGUGUCUAGAACUUGGCAACGCACUCAAGGAGAUGAACCGACCUGGAGAGGCUAUCGUUCAUUACCAGAGAGCUGCAGAGCUUCAGACGCAGACGCCCAUCGAAGCUCUGCUGUCCAUGGGAGAGAUGGCCACGUGUAAAAUUCUCACCCGCGACUAUGACGGAGCUUUGUCUGUGUUCACUGAGCUGCAGCUUACGUGUCAGGAGAGAGGACUGCAGCUACCAGGCACCAACACCCAUGUUGGUGCUUUUCUCGACAUUGUGGCCAAAUGUGAGAUCUCCAGAGUUUUACUGCUCAUGUUGCUUGAGCCUCCACCUCAGAAGCUGCUACCAGAACACGCUCAGACCCUGGAGAGAUAUGCAUGGGAGUCCUUCGACCCUCACAGCCAAGUGACCUUCCUGCCUGAGAAUGUUUUCCUGCUCCUCCAGUCUGUAGUGAUGGCCUGUCAGGAGAAAGACACAGAGUCCCUUAAGUCUCUUCAGACUGAACUCUGGCCAUUUCUGACAGCUGAGCAGAAUCAUCUCCUCCACCUGGUGGUGCAGGAGCGCAUCACUCCGUCUGGACAAGGCAUCUAGAGCUGUUCAGUUUUUACUCACUUCCUCUGGGAACGAUACUUUAUAUAAUGGAACAUUCCUGUUUCUGGCUGGGUCUGUUGUAAGGCCUGAAGUGUUGUUUUCAAAACCUCAGUGUUGUAGCUUGCACAGAAAGACAAAACUCUGCCUGUAAAAAGCAACACAAAUUUAGAAAUAAAUAAGAACCACAGUUGUUUCUACAUGUAACCUUUUACGACGCUUAAUUUAACUUUUAAUCUCCUGUUUUCUUUCUCAAGUGAAGGCUACAAAACUGGAUCAAUUCAUGAAUAUUUAUGUUUUAUUACUGUGAUACUUUGUAGUUGUACCCUGUGCUAUUAAUUUACAGUAAUUUAAUAGACAAAUAACAAAAAGUAUGUGUUACAGUUUGUUUUAAUAAAUGAUAUGGCUUAAACUCCAAUGUAAUUACAAACAAAACCAUCUAUUGCAUAGUUUCGAAAUAUGGUGAAAUGAAACACCAUUGUCCUCCAUCCCUGGUUCACUUUGUUCACUUGUACAAAUGCAUGUACUUUCUUAGGAUAGCAGCCAACUCCAGACAAAAAAUAAGACAUGGUUAAAAAAAACCAAAAAAAAGAGAAAUCACUCAAUACAAAAAUAUAAUGGUUACAAUGUACAUAGAUUAAAAA